AUGUCUGACUUGCUGAAGUCACGAAGCCCAGCUCCAUUCUCGCUGUCGACAUCACCAAACGAUCGAGGGCACGCAUUUUCUGGAAACGCCACUCACGACGAUCUAUCCUCCUCCUUCACGGAAAUUCUAUCAUCACUGAACAGAUCGCUGCCUCUCUCUAAUGUCUCGAACGUAACCAGCGACAGUGGCUACGAUGCGCGAGAUGAGCGGGGACCAACUGACUUGUCCAGGAUGGAUGGACACCCAUCGUCGUCGGACAAUGGCCAGUCGACUGCCUCCUUCCUCACGGCUCCAGAAGUCAUUGACGACCGCUCACCAUCGUCGGCGGUUCCGCCGAGCACUUCCGACACGGAGAUA